AACCUUUAUGCACUCAGUUGACACAAAACGCAAUGACGUUCGGCUGAGAGCGGUGGUCCGGUCGUGUGUUCGUGUAGUCUAGCGAAUUCAGUGAAUUAAGUAUUUCCGAAUCCACCGGCGUUCAGCUCGCCACCGCGCGUCGCCAUGGCGGACGAGGAGAACAACUGUGAUGAUGGUGGUGAUCUGAAGUUAGGGCAGGCGUUCCGGCAGCGGGGCCGAAAGGGUGCCCUGAAAAAGAAGAAUGUUUAUUUCGUGAAGGAUCACAAGUUCAUGCCGAGAUUCUUCAAGCAGCCAACGUUUUGCUCGCACUGCAAGGAUUUUAUAUGGGGUUUCGGCAAACAAGGCUUCCAAUGUCAAGUAUGCAGCUUUGUGGUCCACAAGAGAUGUCACGAGUACGUUACGUUCACGUGCCCCGGCGCCGACAAGGGGGCGGAUUCCGACGAUACCCGCACAAAGCACAACUUCCGCGCCCACACAUACGCGUCGCCGGCGUUCUGCGACCACUGUGGGUCGCUUCUCUACGGGCUUAUCCACCAGGGGCUCAAGUGCCAAGCAUGCGACAUGAACGUGCACAAGCGUUGCGAGGAGUCGGUGCCCAACCUGUGCGGCUGCGACCACACGGAGCGACGCGGACGCAUACAGCUAACCGUCACCGCCGCCGGAAACAAGCUCACUGUCGAAGUAAAGCAAGGCCGCAACCUGAUCCCGAUGGACCCGAACGGUCUCUCCGACCCCUACGUCAAGAUGAAGCUGAUUCCAGACUCCGACAACGUCAAGAAAAAAACCAAGACCAUCCGCAGCACCCUCAACCCCGUGUGGAACGAGACCCUCACCUUCGACCUGAAGCCGGAGGAUAAAGAUCGCAGGCUGCUUAUUGAGGCCUGGGACUGGGACCGCACAUCCCGCAAUGACUUCAUGGGCUCCCUAUCCUUCGGGAUCUCAGAGCUGAUGAAGGCCCCCGCCGACGGCUGGUUCAAGUUCCUCACCCAAGAAGAAGGCGAAUUCUACAACGUGCCGGUACCCGAGGAAGGUGCUGACUUGGCCCAGCUGAAGACCCAGAUGAGAGCGACCACUGUUGGAUCACGACGGGCCCCGCCACCGCCUGAUAGAGAGGUUCCACAUAAUAUGGCGGCCUCUGAUGUUAUCAGAGCAUCUGAUUUCAAUUUUAUUAUGGUGCUUGGCAAAGGAUCGUUCGGAAAGGUGAUGUUAGCUGAGCGGCGUGGAACAGACGAGCUGUAUGCUAUCAAGAUCCUAAAGAAAGAUAUUAUAAUCCAAGACGACGAUGUGGAGUGCACGAUGGUGGAAAAGCGGGUGUUGGCGCUCAGCACGAAGCCGCCUUUCUUGGUGCAACUGCAUUCCUGCUUCCAAACUAUGGAUCGCUUGUACUUCGUGAUGGAGUACGUGAACGGAGGGGAUCUGAUGUUCCAGAUACAACAGUGUGGGAAAUUCAAGGAACCCGUUGCUGUGUUCUACGCAGCGGAGAUAGCAAUCGGGCUCUUCUUCCUGCAUUCCCGCGGCAUCGUGUACCGCGACCUGAAGCUGGACAACGUGCUGCUGGACCAAGAUGGCCACAUCAAGAUCGCCGACUUCGGCAUGUGCAAGGAAGGCAUCAACGGCGACAAAACUACCAAAACCUUCUGCGGAACUCCAGACUACAUCGCGCCAGAGAUCAUUCUCUACCAGCCAUACGGAAAGUCCGUGGACUGGUGGGCGUACGGUGUGCUGCUGUACGAGAUGCUAGUUGGUCAGCCGCCAUUUGAUGGUGAAGAUGAGGAGGAACUCUUCGCUGCUAUCACUGAUAAUAGCGUGUCGUACCCCAAAACACUUAGCAAGGAAGCCAAGGACGCGUGCAAGACGUUCCUAAUGAAGAACCCUCAGAAGCGGCUCGGCUGCGGCCUCAAGGGCGAAGAAGAUGUUCGCACGCACCCGUUCUUCCGCCGCAUCGACUGGGCGCGCAUCGAGGCGCGAGACGUGCAGCCACCCUUCAAGCCUAAGAUCAAACAUCGCAAAGACGUGUCCAACUUCGACAAGCAGUUCACCACGGAGAAGACCGAGCUGACGCCAACCGACAAACUCUUUAUGAUGAACCUCGACCAGACGGAAUUCAUGGGCUUCUCUUUCCUCAACCCCGAAUAUGUGCAGCACGUCUGAACAUUUAGGGUUGAUUUCUUCAAUUUCGACGCUGGCGCGAAAUCGGCAUCGGUUUCUGAACGUGAGCUCUCUCUAUCCCUAUCGCUCUCACGGCGCCUGCCGUUCAUUAUCUCACUUUGACUAUGAACUGUUCCGUUCGAAAACUAUGAUCUGUAAUUUGUAUUCCUUUAUAUAUUGACGGAAUCGUAACUUGGAAUUUUUAGAAACACCAUUUUUUCGUAGGUGUAAGUAUAAGAUGUAAUUUAAUCGUUUGCUCAUUUUUUACCUAAAAUGUUUAUUUACCCAUCCAUUAAGACAUGACAAAAGUAUAUUAAGAACUAAUUAACCUAUUUAUUUUGUUUACUGUUUUUUCAGUACAAUAAGUUCGCUAUCUCAACGAAUUUCAAUCAAAGCAAUACUAAUCGGAAUUAUCUUUUAUUACUAAGAUAAUAUACUUCAUUGUUACUGUCUUACAUCUGUCAUUUUUAAAUGACAGUAAUACGUUUACUUUCGUUAAUUUUUUACUUGUAUAACACCAAAUCAUGUUUAUUUUUAUUCGUACUCUGUAUAUCGUAUCUUGGGGCCACUUGGUAUUAAUAAAUGUUAGUGACACGUUUGAUGCCAUUUGUCAAUAGAUUAUCGAUCUAAUCUUAAGUUAAUAGGGUUUAUAUUAGUUUGGCAAUGUUGACAGAUGGCGUCUUCAGAGGGCCUACCGCCUAACAUCGGAGUUCGCAAAUUGCGGGCAAUCCUACUCUUUUACUCCAAUUAAGGCGUAGUUAGAGUGACAGAGAAAGAUGCCCGCAAAUUUACGAACUUCGAUGUUAGUGGGCCAUCCACAUAUUCGGCCACCGUAGGCUAAGGGACGCAUGUAUGCGUUAGAGGGAGCAAGUAAUACUGUCCCUUAGAUUGGCCUACGUUGGCCGAAUAUGUGGACGGACUCGGCAGUAGGCCCUCAGCUCUAACGCAUCUCACAUUGUCAUAACAUAUCAGUGUUAAUUGUAAAAAUAUAAAUAAUUCUGUGUCGUGUCUAUGGUGGGUGGUAUUAUACUUGAUAAGUAUUUGAUAAUAAUUUUUUCCUUUAUUUAAUAAUUGUUUGUAUUAUUGAAGCUCACUGUAUUAGAAUCUCAGGAGUUCUAAGACCACUUGUUUUUAAUCAAUUUUGUUUUCUAUUAUUUAGUCACGUUGAAAGAUCAAUUGUUUAUACUAUUAAUUCUAAUGCCAUUUUCGUAUGUGGAUUUUAUCUAUAUUUACCGUUAUAUUAUAGCCAUGAAAUCAUUUUGAAUCGGCUGUAUUAAGUUUACAUUGUCUAUGGUUUGUUGAAUUAUUUUACUAUAGCCGGUCAAACAACUUUGUCAAUAGAAAAAGGCGCGCAAUUUAAAUUUUCUAUGGGACGAUUAGCCUUUGCGCCUACAAUUUUUAAAUUUGCCGUAUUUUUCUACUGACGGAAAUUGCUUGACAGACUAGAAUCAUUUUUACAGUCAUGAAUUUUCUGUGCUGGCCAUGUUUUACAUCGAUAUCGCCGAUGGGAAUACUCAUUAAAAAAAGUAUAAAUAAACCAAGCCAUUGGUUCGAACCAUAGACAUAGUAUAUACAAGUAGUUAUAGACGCGCCACCGAGCGACCGGGGGUAAGAGAAAGAAUAUUUAUAUAAAAUUUGGGCAGCAUAGGAUUUUUUCUCUUUCACUCUUAUGAAUUGCGGUAUUUCGUCAUCGCCUCCUACCUAUGAUGCCACCCGGUCGGUGAUAAGGACCAAGCCUGGCACUAUUUUCUCUUUCCUCUUAUAGGAAUCGCAAUAAGACUAUCUUCUCUAUCAAAGAAUCAGGCCCUUGGUUCAAACUAACUACUUGUAUAUACUAUGUCUAUGGUUCGACCACAACCACGACCUUGGUGCGGUCCGUACCGUGUUCGAUCGUGUAAAAAGCAAUUCGCCGUAGGUACCCAUGAAUAUUACUCUCACUAUCUCUCUUGCUCUAACACAUAGAUAGAGAUAGAAAGUUUCGAUAGGAAGCAUA